UUUCACCAGCAAGAAUAAAUCUACAAAAUGAAUAAUAUUUUAUUCUGACUGACGACACCUUUUGUUGUGGCCUUAGACUUUAAGGAGUUAAAAUCUGGUCUGUCAGGUCCUGAGCAUAUUUAGAAUUUUCACCUGUUGUGCUCAGGUGGAGAGGAGUGAGUCUGCACAGUCUGUUUUCCUCUGAACAUUUAUUUUCAGCCCUUCAGUCUUAGGCCAGUUUUUUUUUUUUUUUUAAUCGUUUUUUUUUUAAUCAAAGCAGCAGAAAACACUACUGCAAAACACCGGACGUGGGUCAAUUUUUCAAAAUAAUUCCCCAAAUGACGAAGAUACACUAGUUCUAGGUUUUAAUGUAUUAUAAACCAGAGCUUUGAACUAGUUAAUUCCAUUUAUUGUCAUUUACAUUUAAAAGCAGUAAUUUAGCCAAAUAUAUUUGAUUGGAUAAAACGGAUGUUUUGAUCUUAUUCUUUUAAUUUUAAUAAGUUGAUAGUUUUGGGUAUCAAGCCAACUAACUGUAUUACACUGUACUAAACGAAAUGAUUCUGUGAUUCCUAAUUUGAAUAAACAACAAACUUCAUUUUUUUUCUGAUCAUAAAAUGGGGAGUGAAUUCAUUUAGAACAUUAAUAUUUAUGUUACGAGUUUAUCUCUGUCUGUUGGUUGAUAGAAGAACAAAAUAAUGUUGAGUAAAGGGGUUUUACAAUAAGUUUUGUCUUUAUUACCCGUGAACUUGCUUUUAUUGUGAAAAUCACAGCCAACAGUCAUGGGUUAUGGAAGCUAACUUCCUGUUUUAGCUCUCGGUGUUUCGCCGUCGCUCAGCGGGGCGACGCUCGCCUUCCGACCGCCGAGCAGCGCGGUGGAUUUAGCAGCACGGACUCGCGUGGAAUCCAUCUCCAGUGGAUGAACCGUAAAUGUUCGCAUUAUCGCCGCAGGAACCUGCAGGGCGGCGCGAGUUUACAAACGGAGAUCGGAAGAGCGACGGGGAGCAAACUUGAGGAAAACCAGGAACCAUGUUGGCCAAGAAGGUCAGGACGGAGUACAUGAAGAAGUUCAAAGACCCCAAAUGGGAGACCUUCUCCAAGUGUUACGAGGACUCUCUGAGGUACCGUCUGACCCGGAGGGUGAUGGAGCAUUCCCACAAGCCCUGGUUCUGGGAAGGCUGGGACAGCGGCUCCGACUCCAGCGGCUGGUCCACUCCAAAACUGACCCGGAACAAAGUGGCUCCUCUUCCUCUUCCUCCUCCUCCUCCAGCUUCCUCCUCAGAGGUCAAGCAGAGGCUCCUGGACCUAAAGCCGAAGGUGCGUCCUGAAGAGGAAGAGGAGGGAACGGGAGGAGCGCCGCCUGUGGAGGACCUACAGACUGGAGGUGAGGAAGCAUCCAUCGUGGUGAACGGCGUGAACGGAGCCGGCGAGGCUUUGGGAACAGCGGCGCCAGCCACCAGUGGACCCUCGGACGGGUCGGCGACAGACAACGGGCCCGCCGACUCAGCGUCUUCCGACGGAGAGCCGCGGAACCCGGCACCGCGGAGACGGCACCGGUGCAGAGUCUCUCGCUCUGAGCCAGCACAACAGGCCGGUUCCCAUGACGACAAGACAGCCGGCCUCAAGAAACCCAGAGCCAAGAGCCAACCGCCGUUCAGCACCAAGGAGAGCCGGAGAGCGUCCAGCCGUCUGGACUGGACCGAGAGGAUGACGGAGAGCCACACGUUCGAUGCCUGCACUCAGACCCGCCGGGAGGCGGACAAGCGCCCCCCCGACCUGGACCGGCGGCGGGCCCGAUCGGCGGACCUGGAAAAGAGGCGGCGGAAGCAGUUGGUGGCGGCGGCGGAGGACCGCUGGACGACGGAGUACAUGCGCUGCUUCUCUGCCCGGGUCAGGUAGAGACGGAUCCGCCCGGACUCCCGAAAACACCUGAUCCGGAAGCAGAAAUCUGACGAUGCUUUGAAGGGCGAGCGCUCAGGAAGUGGGCGGAGUUUAAAAUCCAAACAUGGCGUUUCUCGUUU